UUCUCGCUUUCAACAGUUAUCGAUCUAUCGAUACCGAUGAUAUCUGACAAAUAAUAAGUUUAUUUUAUCAUAGAAAUAAACAGUGCCUUGUUUAUGUAAACAAUUGGAGAAACUGGAAAAACAAUGGGUUUGUUCAUAUCAUUUGAAUAAAUAAUUAAGCAUAUAUUUAUCUUUCAAAUAUUAAUGACUCUAAGGGUAUUGACAAUUAAUAUCUAUCUUAGUAAGUGUCGAAGAAAAUAUGGAACAAAGUUCUAAAAACGUAGAGGAUAAGCUUUUCGACGAAAUUAUCGGACACAUAGAAGAUAUUUUGUUAGAAGACGAAUUUCACUCUAUUCAAAAAAAAUUUUUGGAUAAUUAUUGGGAUGUUUUUGAACCUGUAGAGGAAAAUAAAUUAAUUUAUACAGAUAUAUUCAAUGAAUAUAAUAAGGCAGUGGAAAAUUAUAUCGUUAAUUACUUACAGAAGCUAAUACCACAUUUUAAUAUUGACACAUUUUUAGAACAUUUAAAUAAUAAGCAAAAUGAAUUGGAAGGUGAAGUGUUUGAAGUGUUAUCAACCUUCACAGACUUCAUGUCCUUCAAAGAAAUGUUUCUUGACUUUAGAGCUGUAAAAGAAGGAAAGGUUCAAGAUCUUAGUUGUGGAAUAUCUGUUACAUCUCUCAAAAGUAAUACGAAUGACAAUGAUUCUUUUGGAUAAAAAAUUUUCUCAAAAAAAUAAAUAUUUUAAAUAUACUAAAGAAAUAAAUUACCUGUUCACUAAUUGUA